AUGCAGUCAUCGGAUUCAUCCGGGAAGGUACCUCAGGACAUCAUUGCCAUAUUCCAUGCCGCCUUCCAUCCGACACAGGGAAAUAUAAUUGACUGGUCUCUGAAAGCAAGCGAUGACCUGGACUUGACCCAUGUAGAAUUUAGCUGUCUACCCAGCGGUCUGCACCUCAUGGAGCGGGAUGUAGUAUACUUUACGAAAGACGACCAUGCUGGGGUAUGCGUCUUCCAGCGCCGGCAGACAUCAGAGCACGGCCAUCGGGGAUUCCGCCUUUCAUCGCUAGGCAUCUUACUUGCGAGGUCGACACGUCCCCGCCCUUGGCGGCAUGUCCCGGCAUUGAAGGCACUCGUGCAUACUAUUUACUCGUCACUAGGGGACAGAGACAUCUUAGUCCCGGUGGACAGCUAUUGGGACCCCGCACGAGCAUUUUUCGCAGAACGGCAGGUGCAUCGAGCGGACCUUGGCGGUGCAGGAGAUUGGAAUGGUUGGACCAUGGAGCUGGACAGCGACGCAUCAUACAUGAACCCAACAAUGCACCUCGCACAUAUACUGCGCAUUCUCGGCCCGUCCUGCCUCACGCUUUACAAGCACGUCCUUGGGCGUCGGCGCAUUCUCAUUUACACACUACCCCCCGUUGAGGCUGCAUGUAUCUUGUGCCAGAUCGCGGCUGAUAUAUGCUACGAAGACCAGAAGGAUGGGGGUGUGAGCGGAUACUCGGAUGAAGACGUUCCCGAGGGAAGGUUGAAGGGUAAGUGCAAGGAGGGAGUGAAGGUCCUCGGCGUGGUCACCCUCAACGACCUAGACAAGCUGGAUGUUGAGAGCAAGACGGGACGGGGAUGGAUUGCCUGCACGACCGACGCACUGUUCCUUGAGAAGCCGGCUUAUUACGACCUGGUAAUUGACCUGCGGACGUCGACUCCAAACACACGCCCCACAUUUUAUGUCCCUAAAUUAACGGAGCCGUCAAACGGUCGUGGACCAUCAUAUCGACUAUCAGUCGUGCGGUUCACAUGGAGCGACGUGAAGCUGUGGACUGAGCUCGAUCGGUUAUUGCAGCUGGACUCGGGAGACUGCAACGACGUCUGCUGCGAUGCCACGGGCGCGAGCAUCAAGUCCCGCACCAGCACCAGCUCAUCGUGGACAGAUAUUUGGCGCGUAUACGAAGAUGUAUGCGUCAUGUGUGCGGGCCUCUGGAUGGGCUCAUGGCGCGGUACGCCGGUGGCGACGUACUCAUCCAUCAAUGGACGAUCGGAGAAUUGGGGGAGCAUCCGACUGGAGGGGAACGAUGACGUUGCUCUGCGCUCUCACCCAUACGUGCGGAGCGUCGGAAUGGGGAUCGAAGGCCGUCCUGCCCCCGAUGCGACAACGUCGUCUGCACGCUCUCGUCCGCUAAAGCGGACAAGCGGGAUGUCUAUCUGGACGCUGACUGGUAGCAAGGGCGAUCCCUCUGUCAGUAACGGUGCAGACCCCAGCCGCGUCCCGAGCUCCAGUGCUCGUGCCAAGGAUCAAGCAACGGUCGGCGUUGACGAGGUGGACGAAGCUAGGAGGGAUCGGCGGGUCUUGACGACGCUCGCGCUCCUCCAGACGUUCCACAGCCAUACGACGGUGAUGCUCGUACGGUUGGCCGAUUUGUUGCCGCGACGGUCACAGUCCCGCUCCGAGGGGCUCAGCACAGUGAGCUCGGUGCUUCUGACGCCGAAGGAUGUUAUGUCGUUCGAGUUGGGCCCGUUCAGUGCAUUAGAUGCACGGUUCGUGGAGUGGCUCGCAGAUGAGUAUAGUGGAGGUAUCAGAGUGAUUGUACGACGAAGUUGGCGAGAUCUAGUCGGACUUAUACUGGGUUUCGGGUAA